AUGGAUUUAUUUCUGGACUCAAUUUCCCAGGAACUCUGCUAUUCCACAAGGGGGGAAAUGCCUCUGCUGAAGUUUCUGUAGCUCCAGUUUCGUGAAUAAAGAUCUGUCACCUUGGAGUUAUUCACAGCAGCUCUGUCACUACUAACUGACUCAUCCAUCUGCUUCAAGAAAAUGUUUGCUGUCCACUUGCUAGCUUUCCAUUUCACAAAGCUAAAAGAGGAUCAAAUAAAAAAGGUGGACAGGUACCUGUACCAGCUGCGCCUCUCUGAUGAUGUCCUGCUGGAUGUGACAGCUCGCUUCCAGGCCGAGAUGGUGAAGGGGCUGGGCAGAGACACAAACCCCACGGCAGCGGUGAAGAUGCUGCCCUCGUUCGUGCGCUCGCUGCCCGAUGGCUCAGAGAAGGGUGAAUUCCUUGCUGUGGACCUGGGCGGUUCCCAGUUUCGUGCCCACCAGGUGAAGGUGUUUGAUGACGGGAAGCAGAGCAGCCAGCUGGAGAGCAAGUUCUACCCCACGCCCCAGGAGGUCACGCAGGGGAGCGGAGCCGAGCUCUUUGAUUACGUUGCUGACUGUCUGUCAGACUUCAUGGAGGCCAAAAACCUGAAGCAUAAGAAGUUACCUCUCGGCUUUACGUUUUCUUUUCCAUGCAAACAGACCAAGCUGGAGGAGGGGGUUCUUCUUGCGUGGACAAAACACUUCAGGGUCCGAGGAGUUCAGGACACAGACGUGGUCAGCUCUCUGCGCAGGGCCCUCCAGAAGCAUCAGGACAUAGAUGUUGAUGUUCUGGCACUGGUCAAUGACACGGUGGGAACCAUGAUGACUUGUGGAUAUGAUGACCAGCGCUGUGAAGUUGGACUCAUAAUUGGGACUGGCACCAACGCCUGCUACAUGGAGGAGAUGAGGCACAUCAGCCUGGUGGAGGGGGAUGAAGGGAGGAUGUGCAUUAACACGGAGUGGGGGGCCUUCGGAGACGACGGUGCUUUGGAUGACCUCCGCACAGAGUUUGAUCGGGAGCUGGAUCUGGGAUCUCUCAACCCUGGAAAACAAUUGUUUGAGAAGAUGAUUAGCAGCCUGUAUUUGGGGGAACUUGUGAGACUCAUUCUCCUAAAAAUGACAAAGGAAGGUCUGCUCUUCAAUGGGAAAGUGUCAGCGGCUCUGCUUACUAAGGGCAAGAUUGAAAUGAAACACGUGUCUGCAAUGGAAAAGUACAAGGAAGGCCUGAGCAACACAAAAGAGAUCCUUACAGAGCUGAACCUGUUUCCCUCUGAGGAGGACUGUGUGGCUGUUCAGCACGUGUGCACCAUCGUUUCCUUCCGCUCGGCCAACCUCUGCGCCGCCGCCUUGGCAGCCAUCCUGACCCGGCUCAGGGAGAACAAGAAGCUGCUGAGGAUGCGAACCACUGUUGGGAUUGAUGGGGGGCUCUACAAAACCCACCCCAAGUACGCCAAACGCCUGCACAAGGUGGUGAGGAGGCUGGUGCCCACGUGCGACGUGCGGUUCCUGCUGUCGGAGAGCGGCAGCGGCCGGGGGGCCGCUGUGGUCACGGCGGUGGCACGCAGGCUGGCGGCCCAGCGCCGGCGCCUCGACGCCGCGCUCGCGCCCUUCCUGCUGCCCCCCGGCACCCUCCGCGAGGUGAGGGACAAGAUGAGGGCUGAGCUGGAGCUCGGGCUGAAGAGAGAGAUGCAGGCCCAGGCCACGGUGAAGAUGCUGCCCACGUACGUCUGUGGGACACCAGAUGGAACAGAGAAAGGGAAGUUCCUUGCCCUUGACCUCGGUGGCACAAAUUUCAGGGUUCUGCUGGUCAAAAUCAAAAGCGGGAGAAGAAGAUCAGUGCAAAUGUAUAACAAAAUCUUUGCCAUUCCUUUGGAGAUCAUGCAAGGGACAGGAGAAGAGCUCUUUGACCAUAUUGUCCAGUGCAUAGCAGACUUUCUGGAGUAUAUGGGGAUUAGAGGUGCUCGUCUUCCUCUGGGCUUCACCUUCUCCUUCCCCUGCAGGCAAGCCAGCAUUGACAAGGGAACACUUGUGGGCUGGACAAAAGGAUUCAAGGCAACAGACUGUGAGGGGGAAGAUGUUGUUGAUAUGCUAAGAGAGGCUAUCAGGAGAAGAAAUGAGUUUGACUUGGACAUUGUAGCAGUGGUGAAUGACACUGUUGGGACCAUGAUGACUUGUGGCUAUGAGGAUCCAAACUGUGAGAUUGGCCUUAUUGCAGGAACAGGCACCAAUGUUUGCUACAUGGAGGACAUGAAAAACAUAGAAAUAGUGGAAGGGAAUGAAGGAAAAAUGUGCAUUAAUACAGAAUGGGGAGCAUUUGGUGACAAUGGCUGCAUUGACUACAUCAGGACAAAAUAUGAUAGAGAAGUAGAUGAAGGCUCACUAAACCCAGGGAAACAGAGGUAUGAAAAAAUGACCAGUGGAAUGUACCUAGGUGAAAUAGUAAGGCAAAUUUUGAUUGACUUAACCAAACAAGGGCUGCUAUUCAGAGGUCACAUUUCGGAAUCACUCAGGAAAAAAGGCAUAUUUGAAACAAAAUUCCUGUCUCAGAUUGAGAGUGACCGGCUCGCCCUCCUGCAGGUGCGGCGCAUCCUGCAGCAGCUGGGCCUGGACAGCACCUGUGAGGACAGCAUCAUUGUCAAGGAGGUGUGUGGAGCUGUUUCAACAAGAGCUGCCCGGCUCUGUGGGGCAGGGCUGGCUGCUGUUGUGGAGAAGAAGAGGGAGAACCGAGGUGUGGAGCGCUUGCAAAUCACUGUUGGAGUGGAUGGGACUCUGUACAAGCUCCAUCCGCAUUUUUCUAGGAUCCUGCGGGAAACAGUGAAGGAGCUGGCCCCUCAGUGUGAUGUGACUUUCAUGCUUUCUGAAGAUGGAAGCGGGAAGGGAGCUGCCCUCAUUACUGCAGUUGCAAAAAGAUUGCAUAAUGUUGGACAGAAGUAGAAAUGAGUGGUCAAGUAAUUUCAGCCCUGCCAGGCGUGUGCAGCAGGGGUUUGCUGAGUGGUGAUUCCAGAUAGCUCUGCCAGACACCAGCACACAGGUACCUUCUUUUGAGGAGCAGCUGGUUUUGACCAAGCAGGAUUGUGGACUUUUGGUAACUUGGAUUAAGUGUUUCUGCUCCCCACUGGCAUUAUGUCUUGGCAUACCACAGUCUACUCAGUUCUGUACUUCCUGCAAUGCAUCUCCAAUGCAUGUGGGAGAGUGAAAACAAAACAAAUGAAAUCAACCCAAAUGUGUCUUUUUACAAGAUCUUAAUUAAGCUACUGCACCACAACUGAGUUUAUCACCAGUCUCUUAGGAUUCGUGUGCUUUGUUUUGUCUUGCCCUGGCUCAAAGAAUAUUGAGAUUCUGAUGUUGCAUCUUAUCUAGUGGAUAUAUUCGUUCAAUGCUUCACAGGUUUUACAAUAAAUUUGCAGGUGAAAUAAAUGAAUGGAACUUUGGUCAGUGAUGCUCCCCCGCUGCUGCACCGGUUGCAAGUGUAAUGCAAUACUUCCCUGAGGACAGGAGGCAUGUUUAAUAGAGGAAUGUAAAGGAAAAAAAUGGGAUUCCACAGAAUAUCAGUUUGUGUCAAAAUAUGUCCAUGAAUCUGAGUCACAUAAAGCUAAACCAAUGCUGCAUGGAGUCUGACUGUGACUGAUUCUUUUGAUACUGGAGGAAACAGAGAAUGUAGAAGGAGCUACAGAGUCUGCAAUGUCUUGUGUCAGGGCUGCAUAGAGGGUAUCAAAGGUAUCAAACAGGCCACCAAAAUAGUGUGUAGAGGGGGAAAAAAAAUCACCUAAAUUUCUGAAAGUCUCCUCUUUGUUUUCCCUCUGUUAUCUUCUUGCAUGUUCCUGAGAGAAUUGUUUCCAUUUUGUGCAAAGGAGUUUAUCCUUGGUUUUCAUUUUCUGUUGCCUGCUGCUAUGUCUGUUUGUAGUGUGUUUGUAAAUAAAUCUGUGUUGUUUUGA